GCCGCGGCGGGGCCGGGGGGGUGGGGGCCGUGCGGCUCGGGAGAGGACGGGCCGAGCCGCGGGUGCCGGUGGGGGCGGCCCCCGGGGGGCGUUGUGACAGCAAGGCGCUGCCCGGCGCCCCGCGGCCGCAGGGGGCUGGGGAGCGGCUUCGGCGGCGCCCCGGCCCCCGCCAGCCCCGAGCAGCGGCCGCCUCCCGCCUUCCUCCUCCGCCUCCCGCCCCUGCUCCCACCCUGCGGGUGCCGGCGGAGGGGCCGCGGGGCGGGCGCCCGGCGCGGCCGCGGCUCCCGCGGGACGGCGGUCGUGUGUUCCCCCCCCCCGCCCCUUCCCCCGGCCCGGCCCGGCCCGGCCCCGGCGGCGGCGGCGGAGGGCGGGCGGAGGCGGGCGCGGGCUGCACCUGCCGGGGAGGCGCGGGGCGGCGCGGCCGGGCUCGGCGCGGCUGGGCUCGGCGGAGCCAUGCCGGCAGCCACGGCGCCGGAGCUGGACGUGCCGCGGACCGCCGCGCCCGGGCGGGACAGCGGCGGCCCCCGCGGAUACACAGGGCAGUGCAACCGCGUCUUCCCUCCCCAGCUCGGCAUGCUACAGAUCAUUCACGGCAAUGGCACAGCCGUGGGGACGGUGAUAACGUUCCAGUGCUCGGCCGAGCACCAGCUGGAGGGACCAGGCGUCAUCACCUGCAUUUGGAAGGGGAACAGUACUCAGUGGACAGCCGGAGUGCCCUCCUGCAAGCCCAUAUCAAAAUAUGAGACUUUUGGAUUUAAGGUCGCAGUGAUUGCCUCCAUCGUGAGCUGUGCUGUCAUUCUGCUGAUGUCCAUGGCUUUUUUAACUUGUUGUCUUAUCAAGUGUGUGAAGAAAAGUGAAAGGAGGAGGACUCAAAGUUGGUCUGCUAGAAGAGAUCAUCUCUGCCUACAAACCUGUCUUGCAAGAGAUAUGCAGCUGUGGUACCAGCUCAGAACUGAAGAACUAGAGCACAUGCAAGCUGCUUACUUUGGUUUUAAGGGAAGAAACAAUAACAACAGCAAUAAGAAACUCAGGAAUAAAUCUGUAUUUGAUGAUGUGACUAACAUGGCAUAUGAUAACCAAGGCUUCUACAGGGUGUGCAGGGCAAACACAGUGGGAUCCUCAUCUGAAAGGCAGCGUGAAUGCCCACAGUGUGGGAACCCUGAGCCUGGGGUAGUCCAAAGAAAUGUCCACGCUGAAAUAAGUGCAUCAUGUACUGUGGAUGUAUGGAUGGUGGGCAUAGGUUCCAGGAGGAGUGGACUCGGGACGUCAUAGCUCCUGGGUGUUGCAACGAUCAUCUGCCUGUGUUAACCAAGAGCAGUAGUGCACCUGUGAAACACGCUGUACCAGGACACAACACUGCAGUACGGACAGUGAAUUCAAUACAUGUCGUUGAAGUCUAUGGACAUAAAGAUAGUUACAACAAACCAAGCUGUCAGAUACCUGGAUAGCUGAUGGCUGAAAUACAAUUGCUCCUCUGGACCAAAAUGAAAUUUGCAUAGAAAUACGUGCCUUAAAGACAACAUAGAAAGUUAAUUAUUCAUAUGAAUUUGAAAGUUUUCUAUAUUCCAAGAUGGUUAUUGAACAGAAAUGCUUCAAGGUCUGAUACAAAUAAAAAAAUGGACGUUGAGGCUGGCAGUCCAUAGCCAUUCUCUACGGCGUGCUAUGUAUUGUGACCAUGGCAAAAGCAUAAUAUCAUUCUUCUGUACCUCUAGAGAGAAAUGGUAGCCAGUUUGUAUAGUUGCUUCAUACAAAGUCACUGAUGAUAAUUACACAUGCGUAAGAUUGCAACCUUCUUUUAACCAGUGUUUUUUGUAAGCAUUUCAGAAUGAAAAAUCCCCCAUAUUUUUACACAGUAGUAUGUUAGAACUACAAUAAAAUUUUGUUUUUAA